UCCGCGGGCAUGGCUGCGUGUUUAGACGAAAUUGAGGAAAAGAAUGAUUGGGAUCGAGGGGAAUUUCGUCUGGUAUUUUCCAACAUGCCAAGCUCUGUACUGACUUUGAGCUCUCUGGAUGGCGACGGAAAUCUCGACGUCAACGACGGCGCAUCAGACGAGACAAGAAAACGUGGGGGAGGAAAGAUGACAAGAAAAAGGAGACCGUGUGUGGAAAGGGUGACUGCUCACACGAUAAUUGGAGGAUCUUCAUUUCUAAAAGAGAGGAAGCUGAGAAUGGCAGCCAACAGUGGUAAUUUUGAUCAAGUACACAAAUUACUGGAAGAGGGUGUUAAUGUUCGAGCAGCUGAUGAUCAUGGACGAACCUCACUUCACUUUGCUGCAUCUAGAGGCAACGUGGAUAUAGUUUCGUUAUUGAUUUCUAAUGGAGCUGAUGUCAAUCAAAGAGACAGAAUUGGAAAUACAGGCCUGCAUUUAGCUGCUUGCAUAGGCCGGAUUGAUGUCGUUACGGUGCUUCUUAAAGCAGGAACUGAUGUUAAUGCUGAGGAUAUGGCAGGUCAUACGCCAUUACAGUUAGCUAGAGGGCGACUCCGCUUGUUGACAGAAGACAAAUUCUUACGUGCAAUGCCUUUUCGUUUACGACAGGAAGUAGCUCAGAUUGUAGAUUUACUAAAAGUUUACCUCCACAGAACAGGAGAUACGGAAUCAGGAAAUCAGUUGGAAGCAUUAGGUCAACGUUUAGCAUCGACAGCAACUCUAGAAGAGGUCGAUGAGAUUCAGGAUGUCCUUGCUGGAUUUAUGUCUUUAUCGUUACAAAAAGAGAAGGAUGCUUGACAUGUACAGUGAUUUAUGAUUAGACAAAUAGAUUCGUAUGUUCUAUUCAUGAUUAGAAGUAUUUAUUGUCAUUGUCUUUAUAAAUAGCAAAUACAUAGAUCACGUGUUCACGUGCUCACGUG